UUUGCCUCCUUCGAAGCCCACCACACGAACACACGCAGCCAGCGGCGCCCCUCAUCAUAAUUCCCAGAUAUUUCCCGUGCGCUUUUCUCCUCCUCCUCCUCCUUCUUCUAGCUUCCCUUUCUCUCCCGUGAUUCAAUUAUCCCCCACACGCUCGAGAUGCCCGAGGCACCACGAGCCGACGGCGCCGCCGCCGUCCCCGACGUCGAUGUCGUCACCGCCGGCGGCCGCCGCAGGAUCCCCGCGCAUUCCUCUGUUCUUGGGUCGGCGUCGCCGGUGCUGGAGAGGAUCCUGCAGCGGCGUAUGCAGAAGAUUAGGGACAGCGGCAAGCCCGGCAGAGCCGUCGUCCGGAUCCGCGGCGUCACCGAUGACGUCGCGGCGGCCUUCGUCCGCCUCCUCUACGCCGGCAGGGACGGCGGCAACGAGGAGUCGGAGAUGGAGGAGGAACUGGAGAGUCACGCGGAGCAGGCGCUGGUGCUGGCGCACGCGUACGGCGUGCCGUGGCUGAAGCGGCGUUGCCAGGAAGCCAUCGGGUCGAGGCUGACCCCGGCCACCGUGGUGGACGCGCUGCAGCUGGCGGCGCUCUGCGACGCUCCGGAGCUGCACCUCCGCUGCAUGCGGCUGCUGGCCAAGGAGUUCCGCGCCGUGGAGCGCACCGAGGCAUGGCGGUUCCUCCGCGACAACGAUCCCUGGCAGGAGCUUGAAAUCCUCCGCCACCUCCACGACGCCGACAUGCGGCGGCGCAGGUGGCGGCGGAAGCGUGCGGAGCAAGGGACGUACAUGGAGCUGAGCGACGCCAUGGACUGCCUGCAGCACAUCUGCACGGAGGGCUGCACGGAGGUGGGCCCCGUGGGCCAGGCCCCGGCCAAGUCGCCGUGCCCGGGCUACGCGACGACGUGCCGGGGCAUCCAGCUGCUCAUCCGCCACUUCUCCCGGUGCCACGCCCGCGCCACGUGCCCCAGGUGCCAGCGCAUGUGGCAGCUGCUCCGCCUCCACGCCGCUCUCUGCGGCAGCCUCCCCGACGGCCACUGCAACACCCCCCUCUGCACGCAGUUCAAGCGGAAGGAGCAGCAGAAGGAGGCGGAGAAGGCCGGCGACGGCGAUGGCGAUGGCAGGUGGGGCUUGCUGGUGAAGAAGGUGAAGGCUGUCAGGGUCAUGGCUUCUCUCGGCAAGAGGAGGAGCCCCACUCAGUGCUGAUCGAGUGCUGUGCAAUCGCAGCACCUUAGCCUGGCUCCUGAGGCCCUGAGGCAAGUUAGGGAUAGCUAGAUGUAGCGUAUGAUUGUACCGAAGUGGGCUGUUUCGUUGGCCUGUCGUUGAGGUGGUUUCAUUUCAUCUCUCUGUUGAGUAGUGUACAUCAGUUCUAUAUCCCUGUAGUAUUCUUUUGUGAGGUGAGAGGAAAAAGGAGGGAAAUUUGAUGUAAAAAUCUGCCUGUGCUGUAAUAGCAAAAUACAGUAUGUGAUUAAUCACCUUAGCAGGAAAGGCAUGCAUUCUUUUGUCAAAA